CACGGCGACGCAGCAAUGGCGAGCGGUAAAAAGAGUGCUCUGCUUUCCUCUUUGGCAGAUUAUGGAGACGAUUCAGAGCCCGACUCGGGGUCCGAGUCGGAGGAGACGGGGGCGCAUGUAAGUGGCCUGGUGUACAGCUACGGGGACGAUGAGCUAAACCGGACCGAGAAUACAGAAAUAAUAGUGUCUGGAGAUGAAGAAAGCAGAGAGAGCCACUCGGAACUGGAAGACUCCGACGAGUUGAGGGACGCAGAAGAUGUUGAGAUCCCAGAAUUAGAAAGAAAGGACCCCAAUGAGUUAGUUGCUCUGUUCUCGGAGAAGGUGAGGAACAUGUCGCCCGACAAGAUCAGGAUCCCCCCCGAGCCCCCCGGACGCUGCUCCAGCCAACUGCAGGACAAGAUCCACAAGCUGUUCGAGAGGAAGCUCCAAGGAGACUUUGACACAAACAACCACAUCCAGAAAAAGAAAGAGUUUAGAAAUCCGAGCAUUUACGAGAAGCUCAUUCAGUUCUGCAGCAUCGAUGAACUGGGGACCAACUACCCGAAGGAUAUGUUCGACCCUCACGGCUGGUCAGAGGACUCCUACUACGAAGCUCUGGCCAAAUCCCAGAAAGUGGAGAUGGACAAACUGGAGAAGGCCAAGAGGGAGCGCACCAAGAUUGAGUUUGUCACAGGGACUAAGAAGGGCGCCAUCCCCUCCAGCGCAGCCACCGCCACCACCAGCAGCACCGCCAGCACCACGGCCACAGCAGAGGCCCAGAAGAGGAAAAGCAAGUGGGACUCGGCCAUCCCCGUGACCCUGGCCCAGCCCGCCCUCAUCACCACCACGGCCUCCUUGCCGGCCGUCGUCUCCGUGACGACCACCGCCAGCGGCACCAAGACCACCGUCAUCUCCGCGGUGGGCACCAUCCUGAAGAAGGCGAAGCAGUGACCCGUCUGCGCUGGCGACCGACGCAGCUGGAAGGCCUGUGCUGUCCUCGGCUCAUUUUAUAUAUUUAUACAUAUAUAUAUAUAUAUAUAUGUGUGUGUUGAAGGAAGCAGAGCGAGAGAGGGAGAGCACACAUUAACCUCUGGACUCUUAGAACUGACUUAGAAACCCCCCCUCUGCUACACAUGGACUGGCCUAAAGAAUACCCCCCUCCCCCCUCUGCUACACAUGGACUGGCCUAAAGAAUCCCCCCCCCCUCUGCUACACAUGGACUGGCCUAAAGAAUCCACCCCCCCCCC